AUGUUUUGGGGCGCCUUUUACGGUGACUUACGACUAGACCUGGCACUCACCCGCCCCGCGGGUCCGAGAUUAGGAACCUCCACCCGCACCUCAGAGGGUCAGGGUCUAACCUUACCGACCCUGACCCUGACCCUGACCCUCUAA